UAGUUUUGAAGUUAUUUUAAAUAGUUUGAUGACCGUCAUUUCAUUUUUAAAUAUUUUAGAUAUAAUAUUCAUUAUCUGUAUCGUAAUGAUAUUCAUUGGAUAUUUCUAAUGAUAUUCAAGCAUACGAAACACGUCUAUGAUGCUAACGUUUUUUCUGAUCAGUACCUGUAGUGAUAGGUACGCCCAGUCGGACUCGGAUUCCAUCGGCCUCAGCAGAGGUGAAGAAGAAACAGACGCCGAUCCUGAUAUCUACAUUGAAUCUACUCCUCUUUUGCCGCCCUCGUCGAGCAACCACUGCGUCGGUGACGGUUCGCCCUCUAAAACUUUCUACUCUGGAGGCGGUAGCGAAAGCCAGCCGGAAGGAGCUAAGAGCAGGAAACCACGCAGGAGGCGAACGGCGUUCACGCACGCGCAAUUGGCGUAUUUAGAGCGAAAAUUUAGAUGUCAAAAGUACUUGUCGGUGGCUGACAGGAGUGACGUGGCGGAUGCGCUGAAUUUGAGCGAGACGCAGGUGAAGACGUGGUACCAAAACAGAAGAACUAAAUGGAAACGUCAAAACCAACUUCGCCUGGAACAGCUUCGUCAUCAAGCUUCAGUAGAAAAAGAACUCCUCAACAGUGCCGGUAUACGAAAAAGUAGCGGAGACUCUCCUCCAUGUUGCCCUCCAAAUGGAAUGCCCAGAUAUACCACUCAAUCCCCAUGCAGCUUUUUGAAUUCAGCAGCUGCGGCCAUUUUCCAUAAUGUCACUUACGUCCACGGAUGCCAGCUUUAAUAAACAAUAUUUUUUCUUGCAUAUACAUAUACAAUUUAAUGUUUUAUUUUUGUAGAUAAACCAAUUCUAGUCAUUACCAAUGAAGUGGAGAAGAGUAGAAUGAUAACUGUCAAGAGUAGAAUGAUAACUGUCAAUGAAAAAGUAUAGACACUAUACACAAUUUCAUUUUGCACAUUUUCUAAACAAGAUUCAGGAUGGUUUAACAUUUUUUGCAACAAUUAUAAAAUAGUGCAUCGAAAAAUAAUUAACAAGUAUAAUUUAAUACUAAAUCGAAAUCAAAGCAAAAAAAUCACAAAUAUAAGCAAUAUAACAAAGAAUUGACGCCAAAAAAGCUUACAACAGCCACAACACAUACAAAAAACAGCUGAACAUGAACAUAAUCGCUGAACAAAGCCAAGCCUGGAAUUUGUUUACAGUGCUUUAGGAUAACCUCUCCUUGUAAUUUACGUGUCUAAGAGUGGAAGGUUGAAUCAUGCAUAAUUUCUACACUCGUUUAAAAUGUUUUUAGGAUUUUCUUUUUUUGUCAAAAAUGUAUAUAUCACAACUUACCUAAUUUAGCUUUAAUCUUAAAAUGUCAAACUCAAUCGUAUCAAAUUCACUUGAAAUGAAACAUCAGUAUAAUGUUCAAUCUUUUUUUGAAAUAUAUUUAAACUGUUACUGUCACAACUGUGCAUUGCCAAUUGGCAAUUUGCCGCAGUACAAAAUAAUUUACAAAGCUCUUUAUUAGAUUAAUAGCUCUAGAUUUAGUAUAAUAUUCAACUCGUGAACAAUUGCUAUUACCCACUCAGAAUAUUUUCGAAUGCUUUAUUAACGUCAGUAAAUAAUCAUUUUAUUCUUCUACAGUUUGUACAUUACGAUUAUAUUUUAUGAACAUUAAACUCUCUUUGAUAAUAGUUACUGCCAUUUUCACCCUUCUAAGCAUUCCUCUGCCCUGGCCCUGAAGCUCCAUGUACUUACUGUACCCAAAUGGUUGUCCUACUAGUUCCCAUUUAUUUAGUUCAUGAAGUUCACCCGAGCCGGAACUCACACUGCUUAACGGUUGUUGGUAUUUGAAUUCAUUUCAAAGUUAGAUAACAACCCGGAAAAUUCACAGAUUUUUUUACACUAUUGUCUUGGUUAUAUUUUUUUGUUAUAUUUCUCUAUAAUUUAUAUUUUUUAUUAAUUUCUGUUAAUUUAAG